GCGGGAGGAGGGGUGGGGCUUAGCGCAGAGCGGCACCGAUGGCGGAGCGGCGUGUGUCGCGCUGGUACUUCGGCGGCCUCGCGUCUAGCGGGGCCGCCUGCUGCACCCACCCGUUGGACCUGCUGAAGGUCCACCUGCAGACGCAGCAGGAGGUGAAGAUGAGGAUGAUGGGGAUGGCCAUGCACGUGAUUCGCACCGACGGCUUCCUGGCUCUCUACAACGGCCUCAGUGCCUCUCUGUGCCGGCAGAUGACCUACUCCUUGACUCGCUUUGGCAUCUAUGAGACUGCGAGGGACCGCCUGGGCCAUGGCACGCAGGGCCCUCCCCCCUUCUAUCAGAAAGUGCUGCUGGGUGCAGUGGGAGGCUUCACCGGUGGGUUCGUGGGGACCCCAGCAGACAUGGUGAACGUGAGGAUGCAGAAUGACAUGAAGCAGCCACCUGCCCUACGGCGCAACUAUUCCCAUGCCCUGGAUGGCAUGUACCGUGUCCUCCGGGAAGAGGGACUGAAGAAACUCUUCUCAGGAGCUACUGCUGCAUCCAGCCGGGGGGCCCUGGUCACUGUUGGGCAGCUCUCCUGUUAUGACCAGGCCAAGCAGCUGGUUCUUGCGACCGGAGUGCUGUCAGACAACAUCUUCACUCACUUCCUGGCCAGCUUCAUUGCUGGCGGAUGUGCCACUUUCCUGUGCCAGCCCCUUGAUGUGCUCAAGACCCGGCUUAUGAACUCCCAGGGCGAGUACCGGGGUAUUGCCCACUGUGCCAUGGAAACCGCCAAGCUUGGUCCUCUUGCCUUCUACAAGGGCUUUGUUCCUGCUGCCAUCCGUCUCGUUCCUCAGACCGUGCUCACCUUUCUCUUCCUGGAACAACUACGCAAAUAUUUUGGGAUCAAAGUGGUCACCUGAAUAGGAGAGAUGGGAUUCUGCCUUGCCCCAGAGGGGUGAGCGUGCAGGUCACCACUGAGAUGAUCCCAGAAUCCCUCUCCACUGUGUGGGGCCGGUGCCACUCCCCUGCCCCUCAUCCCCACUCCUGUGCCUUGCCAGUGCCUGUGGCCAGCCAGUCCAGACUCCACUCUCUCAUCCCAGUUCUCAGCAUCUCCUUUAUCUCUGGGAUGUUCUUUGGCCUCUUCUCCCCUCUGCACUGUUGGUUUGGGUUUUGGUUUAUUUUGCUCUUCUCACAGGCCACAAGUUCUGUCCUUACCCCUCUCAGCCCUGUCCCUUAUGUGCCUCCAGACUGCACUGUCCUGGGGGAACAGAGAGUCCAGCCUGGUCACAGGGCUGGGGAGGCCAGUGGCCGAUGAGCUCAGUGGGGCUGGUGUGCUUCCAGCCUCUCCUGCCAGCAGCAGGGCCCUGUCCUCCACUAGCGCCUCUGACUCACUGCAUUCUCUUCCUGACCCCAGCACAGCUUGGCCACCCCAAACCCAGCAGCAUUCCCAGACACCCUCUGACUCUGCUUGGCCAAAACUCACCAGCACCCACCGGUUGCUGGGCUCUUCAGGGAUUCUGCCUCAUACCAAUGAAGAUGGUGAACAGAGCCUAGGGGUGAGGGCCAGCUGCUUCAUUCCCCUGCCCUUGCCUGGGGCAAGGUUAGCAGCUGCCCAGCUGUCCCCUGGCUUCAGCCAGGGCCAGGCAGUACCUGCUCAAGGAUCCAUCACUCACUGACCCAGCCCGGGGUGGGGAUGUCCAUGCAGCCCUGUGGCCUCAUGCCUCUCCCCAGCCCUCUGUAGCACUCAGUGCCCCAUGUUCCUCCUCACCCUGCAGUGACCUGCAUGUGGGUGCUGUGGGCACCAGUCCCUCUGGCCUGUGCACCCUUGUGCAUGGGGGCCCUGAGGGAUCAAAGAACUGGAAUAUUUGUGACUUUAUUAAAGGGUGA